AGUUUCCACGUGAUUAUGUAACUUCCGAUGAGGCGCUGACAUCGCCGAUCCCGUUUCCUUUUGUCACUGUGCCACAAGCGCGGUGAGGUGUGUGUUAAAAAGUUUUACAUCGGAUUAUAGACAUUAAAAUGUUCUCAUCCCUAUUGGAGACGGCGCGGAACUCGCCAUUCCGUGGCCCACUGUCACAAGUCAGCUGCGAGCCAACCAUUGCUUCAGAACAGGGAGCAAUGGCGGCUGCGACAGCUGUGCCCCAAGAGGACUCUUGCGAGUUUGGAUCGCCCAAAUACUUUGCACUUUGCGGACUCGGCGGUAUCUUAUCUUGCGGUAUCACACACACGGCGGUGGUCCCACUCGACCUGGUCAAGUGUCGUUUACAAGUUGACCCAGAGAAAUACAAGAAUGUGGUCAAUGGUUUCAAGGUCUCCGUACGCGAGGAAGGCAUGCGUGGUCUCGCCAAGGGAUGGGCGCCCACAUUCAUCGGAUACUCCAUGCAGGGAUUAUGCAAGUUCGGUUUCUAUGAAGUUUUCAAAGUAUUAUACUCUGGGAUGUUGGAUGAAGAAUCUGCGUACUCGUACAGAACUGGCGUAUAUUUAGCAGCGUCUGCAUCUGCUGAGUUCAUUGCUGAUAUUGCACUGUCACCUUUGGAGGCUGCUAAGGUCAGAAUCCAAACCAUGCCUGGAUUUGCCUCUACCCUGCGUGAAGCAUGGCCCAAGAUGGUCCAAAAUGAGGGCUACGGUACCUUCUACAAGGGAUUGGUCCCACUUUGGGGCAGACAGAUUCCUUACACCAUGAUGAAGUUUGCUUGCUUUGAGAAGACCUUGGAACUGUUGUACAAGUAUGUAGUACCCAAACCCCGUGACCAAUGCACCAAGGGCGAACAGUUGGUGGUCACCUUUGCCGCUGGUUACAUUGCUGGUGUCUUCUGUGCUAUUGUUUCCCACCCUGCUGAUACCGUUGUAUCCAAACUGAACCAGGACAAGACAGCCACAGCUGGUUCUAUCAUAAGCAAACUCGGCUGGGCCGGAGUAUGGAAGGGUCUUGGACCUAGGAUUGUCAUGAUUGGUACCCUCACUGCCCUGCAAUGGUUCAUCUAUGAUGCCGUUAAGGUUUGGCUGAGAAUGCCCCGACCACCACCAGCUGAGAUGCCAGAAUCCAUGCGCAAAAGGCUCGAAGCCGAAGAAGCCGCGAAGUCAAAGUAAAUAGGCGUCAAUUGUCAUAUGCGUUUGGUUCUAUAGUCUGUGGCUGACUGUCAAACGUCACAGGCAUGUAGUCUGAAUACGCCACAGAUUAAUCAAACUUGUAGUACGGUUAGAAAAAUUCACGCCUUUUGGCAUAAAAUUGUUCCACGCUCCGCCAGUUAUUGUAUUAUUGUGAUCCAUAAGUAUAAAUCGUGUUAAUUUAUUUUUCAGUUAAUAAAUAUUAUUUUUAUU